AUGUGCCUGCCAAUUGGGUUGAGCGUUAUUGCACUCGUCCAACUGAGGCUCGCUUCUCUGCCUAACGUGGCACAACCAAUGAGUCCUCUGUCCUCCAGCUCUUCGCUGAUGGCAUUCAAACCCCCGACAAUGCUGCCUAGCAAGGAUGUGAAUGCGCACAGCACUCCCUGGGCCACUGAUUCUUUCAACCCACCAUUGGGAAGACGAAUGGCUCUUCGCGAAUUCAGGUUCUGGCAGCAGGCGGUUCAAUACCCUGUUUAUCUCGUCAGAUUCCACCUCGAUCUCCCCGAUCCCGAUAGACCGACCUUUCUACAUCAUGUCACGAUCUUCGUGGAAACCAGACCUGACCGUAGCGGAUUCAUCCAUCACGUUACCGGAGACGUCACCUCCAUGCAAGGCAUGUCCUACGAGAGGAAGCCCCGAGACGAACCCGACAAGUCUCGCACAUACCACUCCAAAGAAUUCUUAGGCGUCACCGACGCCUCAACCUACCCGGGCGCCUUUGACGACGUGCUUAAACAAAUCCCCCCGCCCCAUCGGCAGAAAGCGUUCAACGCGAGAACUAUGAGGACGGAGCCGUUUAAAACCGAGAAUCCCUUGACGUUUUAUGAGCCUGGGGAGGAGCGACGUCCGUUGUUCAAGUGCACGGAGUGGACGCUGGAGCGGGCGAUCCCGGCUCUUCGAGCAGCAGGUGUUAUCAAGGACGUGGUAGCUGGUUGA